AUGGCUCCUAAAUUUUCUAAUGAACCACAACAUGCUUCUCGAUUCUCUGAUCUUACUUCAGAGCCAAGACGAAUACUUCCACCUAUCCUAGGAUAUGAGAACGAGCCUCUUGUUUCUCUGGAAGAAGCCAUUGUUCCUCUCAUUUCGAUUGUUCCUGAAGUUGAGCGUAUGGCUUGGACAGUAAAACAAAAGCAUUUCGAUGGACAACAUGGUUUAACACAUGAUGAAGCAGCUUCGAUCACGCUUUACACAAUGGAAUGGACACCAACACACAACUCGUUUUAUAUUAUCCUUAACACUACUUUGCAAGCAGCUAAUCGAAACUUACUCAAGCCAUGGUUUCUUUAUCUUCGUCUCGUUAUGACUUCUUUAGCCAAACUUUCAUCGGACUCUAAUCGUCUCAUCGUGUAUCGCGGUGUCAAACUCGACUUAAGUGCACUAUAUCUAAAAGGAAGUACCGUCACCUGGUGGGGCUUUUCAUCUUGUACAGCAUCUGUUGGUAUUUUAAGAAAUGAACAAUAUUUAGGUCCAAGUGGAACAAGAACAUUAUUUAUCAUUGACUGCUCUUCUGCCAAAAGAAUUAAACAAUACUCACUUUUUCCAGAAGACGACGAUGUACUACUUCCUCCAGCUCGACAAUUUCAAGUGACAGAUUCUAUUUAUUCCGAUGGUGGUCUUCAUAUGAUACGACUCAAAGAAAUCCAACCCAAAUUUCCUCUCAUUAAUCCUGUACCACAACCUGCACCACAUCCACCAAUACCGACCAUGCCUAAAGCAACAGCACUUUCGGAUCCACCAAAACCACCCAUGCCUAAACCAACCCUAUUUCCAGAUUCACCAAAACCGCUUAAGUCACCUAACUGUAUUGAUCUCAAGCUACAGAAGUAUAUUGACGCAAUGUAUCUCGACCAAGUAAUUAUUACAUUCAAACACACUUUCGUAACAAUCUACCACUUUAAAUCAAACUUCUCCAAACCUUAA